AUAUAUAUCGAUGUAUGAAUAUCCAUAUCGGUAUCAAUAUAUUGGUUACGACAAAUAAAUAAAAUAAAAUAAUAAAAAACUAAGCAAGCGAUGAACGAAGCCGGCGCCAAUGCAGAUGCAGUGACGGCGGAUAAAGAACGAAAGUUUCGCAUACAGGGCGCUGCUUUUUUAGGACUAGUCGGCGGAAUUUCCGCACUCUUUGGCUUCUCGCGCACACUGGCCACGGCCAAGAAAGCAGACAGCAAGGUGCUACAGCAGCAGGGAACUCGCCAGGGUAUAAUACUGAUGGACGAGGGCGCGACACUGGCCCUACGAGCCCUUGGCUGGGGAACUCUCUAUGCCGUUUUGGGCACGGGAGCAUUUUGCUACGGAUUUUGGAAGCUAAGCGGAGCCAAAGACUUUCAAGAGUUUCGCAUGAAGAUGGGCAAUGCAUUGCCGCGCAUCACCAAAGACGAGCCCCCCGCCAGUCGCACCGACUUCGAAAGUCUUACCGACCUGAUGAAAUACUUGGGAUCCUGGGCCAAGGAAUAAGCAAUACACCAACAGCAACUCACAUUAAUUAGAAUUAAUUAAUAUUUUCGAAGCUACGCAGCCAUUUUGUUAGCCAGUGUUUUUAUUUCUUCUACAUAUAGUUUCGUUUUUCUUUUUUUUAAUAAUUAAGAAUACAUUUUAAAAUUAACCUUGUUUAA